CGAGUGGUAAUGUAAACAUAAAGUAAAACGGUACAUUGCGUGUAAAUUUUAUUAAACGAACAUGAAAGCUGCGCGCCCUCCUGAUUCGUUCUAGAAAUGUUUUUGCUCUUUGUUUCCGAACGGCGUUCUGUAUUAUUUGUAGCUCCAUGUUUACUGCAGUCGAUUUCGUCCUUCCCUUGCCCCACUGUAGCAAUUGGAUUUCCCUGACGUCGGAGCUUCCAUGAUCAGCCGGCAGCCACAAUAAAGCUCGCGAAGCUGCGUCCGAGCAAAAGUUUCGGCCUACGACCACAGCCGCGGCCUCUCCAAUCCCGUAUCGUCCAGUCCCGAUAGGAGCACCGGCUUGCUCCCCGGCGCGCGCAACGAUGGUGUUACAAAAGAAGGAGCAGGAGCCGCCGGUGGUGGUCGAGACACUCAAGAAGGGCCCCAGCGCGCUGCGGUCCAUCAUUGCUGGCUCCACGGCCGGCGCGGUCGAGAUCGCCAUCACAUAUCCCGCCGAGUUCGCAAAAACACGGACGCAGCUGAACCGCAACCUCGCCGAGGGCAAGAAGCUGCCGUGGCCGCCGUUUGGGAAGCAGUGGUAUGCCGGGUGCACCACGCUGAUAAUAGGGAACUCGGCCAAGGCGGGCAUCCGCUUCGUCGCGUUCGACCAGUACAAGUCGAUGCUUGCAGACGAGCACGGCAAAAUGUCAGGCCCGCGGACGGUGCUGGCCGGGUUCGGCGCGGGCGUGACCGAGUCGCUGUUCGCCGUGACGCCGACGGAGAGCAUCAAGACGACCCUGAUCGACGACCGCAAGUCGGCCAACCCCCGGAUGCGCGGGUUCCUGCACGCGGUCCCCAUCAUCGCGCGCGAGCGUGGCAUCAAGGGCUUCUUCCAGGGCUUCGUGCCAACGACGGCGCGGCAGGCGGCCAACAGCGCGACGCGGUUCGGGUCCUACACGUUCCUCAAGCAGCUGGCCGAGUCGUACACGGCGCCCGGCGAGAAGCUGGGCGCGGUCGGCACGUUCGCGACGGGCGGCGUGGCGGGCGUCAUCACCGUGUACGUGACGCAGCCGCUCGACACCAUCAAGACGCGCAUGCAGAGCAUCGAGGCGCGGUCCCAGUACGGCAACAGCUUCCGCUGCGCGUCCAUGAUAUUCCGCCAGGAGGGCGUGCUCACCUUUUGGAGUGGCGCCGUGCCCAGGCUGGCGAGGCUGAUCAUGAGCGGCGGCAUCGUGUUUACAAUGUACGAGAAGAGCAUCGAGUUUAUGGCCCAAGCGGAUCCCGAGGGGAAAUACAUAUGAUUAUGGGAGUUUUGUUGUUGCUUCUUUAUCUACCCCUCGAGGGGUCUCCUGUCAAGACUUUUAAGGUGCCGUGCUUUUUGUACACCAUACCCAACCCGCCUUUGCGCCGUUUCCAGAUGCACAGCGCAUCACCGAUAGAUCUUGUUACAAGUCUGGUUGUUAUCCCCUGACGUCUCUCUCUCC